AUAAAGUUGUGCUUGGGGCGCCUAUGGGUCGAACUCGAAGACGACCGUGUGCGUUUUGAGAACGUAUCAUACCUCUACUCAUAUAACGGAGACAGCUGCGGGCAGACGAUAUACUCAUACGUGGAGACUGAUGACGGCGCUAGGACCUUGAUCAUAGAACACCCGGCAAACCGACCUAUAGCGAUACGCAUGGGACUGCCUUGAAAUGGGAGCCUCGGCGGCGGGGGCCGUCCACGUAGCAACCGCGCUUGCAGUUCUUUUUAUUUACAUCUGUGCAAAAGUUGCAUGCUGCCGUCAGAGCCAACCAUGCUGGAAGAUCGGUUGCACCGGAGCUGGAGUUGGAAUCAGUAAGCGCCUACAACAAUGGGCAAAAAGUUGCGGCCAUGCUCCCGAGCUGAUGGUCAAUGGAGAGUCAAGAGGCACAGAUUUUGCAAGAACCUCAUUCACACCGAGCUGAAGGCCCAAGGUAAAUGGUUGGGAAAAAUCAGCUGUGGUUGCAGAACAUCAAAAAAACACUGUGAGUGGUUCUCUGGGACCCUACAAGACAUGCUGGAAGCCAUUUCGUUCUGGGUGCAAUAUGUGAACCGACA